AUGGCAACCCUCAAUGCACAAGAAGGUCAAUCCGUGGUAAGACCUCCUUUCUUUGAUGGUAAUGAAUUUUUGUAUUGGAAAAAUAGGAUGUAUUAUUUUCUUAAAUCAGAAGGGGUUGACUUGUGGGAUGUUGUAGAAAAUGGCCCAUUCACCCCAACUAAGAUUGUAGAUAGUGUGCAUAUAGCUAAGCCUAAGGGUGAAUGGAGCGAACAAGAGAAAAGAAGAGUGGCUUUAAAUGAUAAGGCUAUUCAUGAUCUAUUAUGUGCAUUAAGUAGAAGUGAGAAUAAUAAAGGUACUAGUCAAGUAAAUGAGAACAAGAUGGAUUCCCUUAUCUACCAAUAUGAAUUAUUCAAUAUGAAGUCAGAUGAAACCAUAAAUGAAAUGUAUGAUAGAUUUGUGGAAAUUAUAGGAGGAAUUAAAUCUCUUGGGAUGACGUUCACAAAUGAGGAGCUAGCAAAGAAGAUUUUAAGAAGUCUUCCUAAGGAGUGGCUACCCAAAGUAACUUUACUAAAGGAUUCUAAGGACUUGAGCAAGGUACAACUUGAUGAGCUCUUAGGAAAUCUCAUUGACUAUGAGAUGACCCUCAAAAGAGAGCAAGUGGAGGAACCUAACAAAGCCAAAAAGACCAUUGCCUUUAAAGUAUCUUCUAAAAACUCUAGUGAUGAAGAUGAUGAGUUUGAUGAGGAAGAAUUGGGUCUAAUGACAAGGAGAAUAAGUAAGAUGCUCUUCCAAAAGAAGUUCAUCCCAAAGAGGAUCUUCAAAAAGGAUAAGGGUGAAAGUAGCAAGAGGGAUCCUCCCAUAUGCUUUGAAUGCAACAAGCCGGGUCACAUUAGAACGGAUUGUCCCAAAUUGAAGAAGCCUUUCAAGAAGUUCAAGAAGAAGGCACUUAAAGUAACAUGGGAUGAAUCAAGUGACUCCAAAGAUGAGGAGAUUGGUGAUCAAGUUGCCCAAAUGUGCUUUAUGGAAAUGGAGGAAAGCUCCAAUGAGGUAACUUUAAAUGAUGAUGUUGUUGAAUUUUCUUAUGAUGAACUAGUUAAUGCACUUAAAGUUAUGAAUGAUGAACUUGAGUUAAGUCAUAAGAAAAACAAGCUCUUGAAAAAGGAAGUAGUUUGGAAGGACAAACUUGAUGCAAUUUUGGAGUCUCAAAGGUCUCCUAGCAUCAAGUAUGGACUUGGCUAUAGUAAAUUUGCUCAAACACCUCCUUCCAAGAUCAUCUUUGUUAAAGCAUCUAGUUCUAAUGAGCCUAGUCCCCAAGUGCCUAAUCCAAAGGUGUCCAAUCCUAAAGAACAAGAGCCAAAGAAAUCUUGUGGUAAUGAAACUAGAAAGACUUCAUUUCAUCAACAUUCUUCUAGACAAAAUGUAAAUGGGACAUAA